AUGAUGGCGAUGAUGAUGACUGGCCGUGUGCUGCUGUUGGUGUGUGCCCUCUGCGUGCUGUGGUGCGGCGUUUCGGUGGUGAUGGCGUCCAAUGUUGGUGGUUUUGCUCUUCACGCAGACAUCAGCGUUUUGUUUGGCCGGUGGUAUUCCUUGAUGAUGAGAGAUUGUGAAAGUACUUCAGCGUUCAAAAACGGCACGGUGAAUGAGUCCGCAGUUGGAGAAUGCAAACGUGAAGCGAAAAAGGCCCUUUGUGACUUUUUUUAUGGUGACCAUUCGGGUGAACAUGACGCAUCUCAUUUGCACUCUAUUUGUUUGCCGGAUGUUGGCACCGGAGGGGCUGUUGAUCAGCAGGCACAGGAGCAAAUCUCCACGUUGCGUGAAACAGGAAAACCGGCACCUCCAACAACUCCACAGGGUCUAUCAGAAGAAUUGCCGGACCCACCACCAAUACCGGCAUUGGAGGGAACACCGGCAUCUGCAGGAGCCUCUUCACAAGCACCACCCAUCCAAGCAUCAACGGAACCAACAGUAACCGCAAAACAAGCAGAGCCCAACACUGCGGGCUCGGUGCCGCCGACGCAGUCACAGGGAGGACCAGAGACAAUGCGUCCACCUCAAGAACCUCCAAAAUUAUCCAGUAUACCCGACACAGGUACCCAAAGGGAUCCACCAACUGAGGAUCGGGCGGAACAAACAUUAUCCCCAGCAAAAGCCAAUGAUAAUUCCAACGAUUACAAUGAAGAGGACACUGCGGAGGAAAGCACCAUUGAUACUCCAGCAUCAGGUGCUGUGCAGAAAGAAGGAAACGAAAGUGAAACACCGGGCAGCGGUUUGAAGAAAACAAAAACACCGCACACUACAGUUGAAGGAAGUAACACAGUAAAGCCUGGCGACGGUGAGAGCAGCCCCACGGGUCCUCCCGCCGGAGAGUCAGACGCUGCCACAACCACAACCACGAACAAUCAUGAUCCGCGUAGCCUCAACAACAAUGGCAACAAUACAUUCACAGAAGAAGUGGAUCAGAAGGAAGCAACAAGAAAACCCAAAAACGCACCAGACAGCACUGACACUGCAGCAGCCAAGAGUGAGGCAUCCGCAACAGCCAUAAACAUCUCCACUAACACAACAAAAAAAACAACCACCGGCGACAGCAGCACCGCUGUCUCCCACACCACCUUCCCUCUUUUGCUUCUUCUUGUUGCGUGUGCGGCUGCUGCUGCGGUGGUGGCCGCGUGA